GGACGUGAUCUUCGGCAGCAUCUCCUACUGGAUGGUGGGCUAUGGACUGAGUUUCGGGGACAACUCGUUCCACGGACUGUUCGGCCGCAGCAAGUUCUUCCUCGACACGAAUGACGCCGACAGACUGGGCCACAUAUUCGCACACUUCUUCUUUCAGUCCAGUUUCGCCACCACCGCAACCACUAUUGUGAGUGGGUCGGUGGCAGAGCGUGCGAACUUCAUAGGGUACAUAGUGUUCUCAUUCUUCAACACUUUCGUGUACGCCUUCCCGGCCCACUGGAUCUGGCACGAGGAGGGCUUCCUCAACAAACACUUCGGGGCCAUAGACUUCGCAGGCAGCGGCGCUGUACAUCUAGUCGGGGGAGCCACAGCUCUAGUGGCUGCCAUAAUGAUUGGACCCAGGACCAACAGGUGGACUGAGCCGCAGAAGUUCCACAUGGACAGCCCAAUCAACGCCCUCCUCGGUCUAUUCAUGCUCUGGUGGGGCUGGCUGGGAUUCAAUUGUGGCUCCACGUAUGGGGUGGCGGGGGGCAAGUGGAAACUGGCCUCGAAGGCGGCCGUCACCACAAUCAAUGGGUCCAUCGGGGGAGGCAUCGUCGCCUUCGCUAUGACUUUCUUCUUGCAGCACGGCAGAUUCGACGUCGGCUGGAUCAUCAAUGGCAUCCUAGGGGGUCUGGUGUCCAUCACCUCCUUCUGCCCCGUGAUGACCCCCGCGGAGGCUCUGGUGGUGGGGGGAAUAGGGGGAGCAGUGGUGAUAGGGACCGGAUACCUCAUCGAGUUCCUCAAAAUAGACGACCCUGUGGGAGCAGUGGCAGUGCACGGGGGAGCGGGAGUGUGGAGUCUGGUAGCUGUGGGUCUGUUCGCUGGUCCUGACCCCACAGAAGAGAACUUGUUCACUACCAGUGGGCUGUUCAGAGGGGGUGGCUUCACUCUCCUAGGGGCACAGUCUCUCUACAUUGUCUGCUGUAUAGGAUGGGCUGUUCUAUGCACAUACAUAUCAAUGAAGCUGAUUGACUUGACGAUUGGGAUCAGAUGCAGCUACGCGAUAGAGUUGUUCGGGGCAGACAUGAUGGAGCACAACAUAGGGGGAUACUACGACCACAAGACCCACGAGAUAUUCGACUCCAAACACAACCCAAUCGGAGUCGCCUCCAAGGACCUCUCUCAUGCACAAAUUGACAUUCUGUACAAGAAAUAUUUGGAAGCAGAGCACAAGUUCAUAUUCGAAGGAAUCGACCUCCUGUUUCACGCUAAGCUCGAGGAUCCAGCCGACGAACAGCCGAUGACGACAACUCUCGCCGACUGCCGAAUCGACUCAGGUAUACUGAUGAGUACCGGCUGCACGCCUCCCGACAACAACACACAGAGUUGCUCUUCGCCUGUUAGAGCAGCUCCUAGCGGGAGUCGAAACCCGGUUGUUGAUGUUGAAGUUGCAGAUGGAAAUGACUCACCUAUUCGAAUGAGGGGAGUUGGGCCAAAAAUUGAUUGAACAGUCAGUAAAUGGAUCUUUUUAACAAUCCCUUCCACAAUGAUUUGAUUUGAUUCUUCAUGGGAUUCAAAACUUUGGAUGUAACCAUUGGCUUGCAGCUCUUUUUACGGGGACUCGUUACCAUGAUUUGCAAGGGUUUGCUUUUAUUAGAUCUAAAAUUGAUGAUUGAACUAUAUUUGAACGCUUCUUUGUAAGCUUGU